UCCAACUUUAUCAUUCUUUCUAUAUAUCUCUCUUAUCCUUCUUCUUAUUAUAUUUACGUCUCUCUUUUUUCACUUUGUUGUAAAAUAAUAUAUAGUGUGUGAUAAAAUAAGAUAAAAUAAAAGGCAAAUGAAAACUGAGAAUUUUCAGGUAAGGACUCGAGACCUGCGAAUUCUCAGGGAAGGACUCUCCGGCCAAUUAUAAAUACCAAAACCCACAAUGUCAAUUUCAACACGGCUAUCACACUCUUUAUCACAUUCCUUAGGUUUCCUGCUUUUUUUCUUUUGUUUUCUUGAGCUUUUCUGGUUUAUAAUUUUGUGUCGGGAUCAUGACUAUCCUCAUUCAUGAGCAGUACUCCGAGUUUGGAGUUGAAGCAGAGGAGACGAAGGUCCCUAUUGAGGAGGAAGAGUUGGUGUUGGAUAAUGGGUUCGUUGUGCCACAGAUCAACUCGUUCGGCCACACCUUUAGGGACUAUGAUGCUGAAAGUCAGAGACAAGAAGGCGUGGAGAACUUCUACCGAACCAAUCAUAUAAACCAGACUUAUGACUUUGUGAAGAAGAUGAGAGAAGAGUAUGGAAAAUUGGACAGGGUGGAGAUGAGCAUAUGGGAAUGUUGUGAACUUCUCAAUGAAGUUGUUGAUGAGAGUGAUCCGGACUUGGACGAGCCCCAAAUCGAGCAUUUGUUGCAAACGGCUGAAGCAAUUAGAAAGGACUAUCCCACUGAAGAUUGGCUGCACCUGACUGGCCUUAUCCAUGGUAUUUUUUCUUUCUUAAUACCAUAUGGCAAUGAAGUUUUAGAGGCUGUUAAGCUGAUUCGAUUUCUAUUGUUCGCUUUAGAUCUUGGAAAAGUGCUUCUUCUUCCUAGCUUUGGGGAACUUCCUCAAUGGGCUGUUGUAGGGGACACAUACCCAGUUGGCUGUGCUUUUGAUGAAUCAAUUGUCCAUCACAAGCAUUUCGAGGAAAAUCCAGACUAUAGCAAUCCUGCUUACAACACUGAAUAUGGAGUUUACUCGGAGGUCUGCGGACUCAACAAUAUAUUGAUGUCAUGGGGACACGAUGACUACAUGUAUUUGGUAGCAAAGGAAAAUAAAACCACUCUACCUUCUGCAGCUCUUUUCAUCAUCAGAUACCAUUCAUUCUACGCAUUGCAUAGAUCACGAGCAUAUAAGCACUUAAUGAACCAGGAGGAUGUUGAGAAUCUGAAAUGGCUUCAAAUAUUUAACAAAUAUGACCUUUACAGCAAGAGCAAGGUUCGAGUUGACGUUGAAAAGGUUAAGCCAUACUAUCUAUCUCUUAUUGAAAAGUACUUCCCUGUAAAGCUAAAAUGGUGAAACUCAGUGGUUUUGAAGUUUGAUGAGUUGAGAUAUGCAUCACAGCAAACAGAGUACUUGCCUCUAGUUGUGGAAGUUUUUAGUAUUUUCCUUUCUUUGAUGGUAGGGAUCAUUGUAUGUAAUAAACAGUAGUUGUACUUUGUUUGCAAUUUUAAUUCUACCGCUUUUAAAUAAGCUUUUUCAAGUGUUUUCAAAACAGUGAGUUUGAAAUAUGAAGUUAUCAUGAGAAAGUAUUCCCUC